UUGAACGGCGCGGCACCGCUCGCCCGCGCAUGCGCACGCCCAUUCACACGUGAUAAAACGGGACGUAAACAAAUGUAGGGAAACAGCCAGCCUGGAUCAAUGUGAAUUGGCACCGCGUGUCCCUCCAGAGCCCAGAUCGUCGCAGCCGCACCUGGAACCGCAGCAGGUGGAAUGUCGGGAAGCAGUAGUGGCUCCAGUGCGGGCACCAACCUCGUUAAGAGGGUGUACCUGGACUACAAUGCCACGACACCUCUGGCCCCGGAGGUCAUCCAGGCCGUGGAGCAGUCCAUGCAGGAGGCUUGGGGGAACCCAAGCUCUGCCCACGAGGAAGGUGCAAGGGCAAGGACGGUGAUCAACCAGGCCAGAGAGGAUGUGGCCAGAAUGAUAGGUGCGACGCCCCAGGAUGUCCUCUUCAUGUCUGGGGGAACAGAGUCAAACAACCUGGUCCUUCACUGUGCAGUCACACACUUCCGCAAGUGGUGUUUGUCACAAGAGAGCCCCAUUUAUCACCAUCUCCGGCCACACAUCAUCACCACCAAAGUGGAGCAUGAUGCCAUCAAGCUUCCCCUCACACACAGAUAUGCAAUUGAAGCAGAUGUAACUUACUUAGGAGUUGAAAACUUACCUGAGGCUGUGCUUGAGUCCAUCCGGCCGUCAACAUGCCUUAUCACUGUAAUGUUGGCCAACAACGAGACAGGCAUAAUGUUCUCUGUUGCUCACAUUGGCAGGUUAUUAGCAGAAGUAAACAAGAAACGUGAGAACGAAGGUUUGUUCAAGGUGCUCCUCCACACAGAUGCAGCUCAGGCUAUAGGGAAAGUUCCUGUCGACGUCACUGACCUCAACGUCGACUAUCUCACAAUUGUCGGACACAAGUAUUAUGGCCCUCGGAUUGGUGCCUUGUAUGUACGUGGUUUGGGCCAUAAGACUCCCGUGUACCCGAUGUUCUACGGGGGAGGGCAGGAGCGUGGUUAUCGCCCGGGCACGGAGAACACGCCCAUGAUAGCAGGCCUGGGAAGGGCGUCUCUCCUGGUCCACAAUAAUGUUCAGGACUAUUACACUUCCAUGAAGAAGACCAGGAACUACAUGGAAAGGCAGCUGAAGAAAGUGUUUGGCAACCAAGUGAAGAUCAAUUGCGUUGACCCCUGCAUAUCUUCAGACCCUGAAACUUGCUCUGUUCCCCCCCGUGGCCCCAAGCAGCAGCAUUUCAUAUUCCCACGCCUUCCGAACACAUCAUCCGUCUCAUUUUAUUACAGACAGGUAUUGGAUUCCCUAGACCGCUCACCUUGCGAGAUCUGUUUUUCCAGUAUUGACUUUUAUGUUUCCCUUUCAGCCUGA